AUGAGUGAAGAGUAUAAUGAGCUUAUGAAUAAGUAUAAGGAUUAUAUUGAUCUUACAGAUGCAAUAUAUAGGUUGAAAACGUUAGACGAAGAUAAAAUCAACGAAAUCUAUAAAAAUAUCAAGAGUCAAUUUAUCGAAAAAGGAAUCAUGACAGCACUUCAAACUUUUAAAAUGAUCGAUACUGCAAUGAAAUAUAAUAAUCGUUACUUUAAAUCAUACUUUUUAUUACUCCAAAUGUUAUCAAAAGAAUAUCACCUUAACAAGGAUAAAUUACUAAACUGGUAUCAAGGAAAAUACAAAAAAAUAAAUAUUGAAUCCAAAAAUUCAUUACUCGGAGCAAUUAUGAAUGAUGAUAUUACAAAAUUUGUUAUAUUGGCAGAAAAAGACGAUUUUGAUAUCGAUCAAGAAGUUAUUUGUAGCAUAUAUCCAUUAUGUUGUAUGACUCUACUUGAAUUAUGUUCCUACUAUGGUUCCGUUAAUUGUUUUAAAUUUUUAUUAACAAAUUUCAAAUCAAAAAUUUUAAAGCAUUGUACCCCAUGCGCAUUUUUGGGUGCAAAUCCAGAUAUAAUUAGUAAAUGCUUGGAAGAUAGAGUAGGCGAUUAUGACAUGAUGGAGUUUGCAAUAGCUUCACACAACAUUGAUUUUGUUUCUUACAUGAUGAAUGAAUGUGGUAUAGAAUUCAAAUUAAUAGAAUCUGGGAGAUUCAAUAAUCUUCAUGCAUUUUUAGUUUAUUAUGAUCAAACAAAAGAUAUUAAUGGAUGUAUGGCUGCUUCAUCUCUUUUUAACAUCCCAUCUCUUUGUGAAUAUUUCAUUUCGAAAGGAGCUGAUAUCAAUGCAAACUAUUAUAGUUUCACAGCUCUUCAUUUGGCAGCAGAAGAAGAUUGUAGCAAAGCAGCAGAAUUUCUUAUUUCAAAAGGCAUCAGUAUGGAGUUAAUAUGUCAAAGUGCAUAUACACCUCUUGAUGUAGCAGCAAAAAAUAAUAGCGUUGAAACAAUGCGAGUCCUAUUGUUACAUGGUGCUAAUGUAAAUUCAAGAACUGACUUUGACUAUGGUAGGACUGCAUUACAUUAUGCCGCAUCACAUCACAAUCAAGAGGCAUUUGACAUUCUAGUUUCAUUUGGGGCAGAUCUCAAUGUUAGAGAUGGUUUUGGCAAACUUCCACAUAUGUAUUAA